AUGUGGGGGAUCCAGAGGACGCGAUAUGCGGACUGCAACGGCUCUGAAGCCAGUGAAGAGACAGAGAUUGUUGUUAACAUCGGCGGGGUGAAACAGGUACUGUAUGGGGACGUGUUGAAUCGCUUCCCGGACACCCGGCUGGCAGAACUGGUGGACUGUUCACUUAAGUCUUCGGAAGAAAUAUCUUUACUAUGUGACGACUACGACCCUGACAGUGGAGAAUUUUAUUUCGACAGAGACCCUGAAGCAUUUAAAUGCAUAAUUGAGCUGUAUUAUUAUGGGGAGAUUCACGUGAAAAGAGGCAUCUGUCCAAUUUGUUUUAUGAAGGAGAUGGAGUUCUGGAAAAUUGGCUCUGAUUUCCUGGAUGAAUGUUGUAAAAGCCACCUAAAGGAGGUGGAGGAUGAACUUGCAGAGAUUGCAGAGAAAGUGAGAACUAUCCUGGUGGACCGAGAGGGAGAUCCGUCUGCAGGGGGCUGGCAGCGCUUCCAGAUGUGCCUCUGGAGGCUGAUGGAGAAACCGGACUCCUCGCUGCCUGCGCACAUAAUCGCUAUAGUUUCUUUCAUCUUCAUCCUCAUCUCCUCCGUGGUCAUGUGCGUCGGGACCAUCCCCGACCUACAGGUGGAGGACUCGGAGGGUAACCUCGCAGAACACCCGACUCUGGAGGUCAUCGAGACGGUGUGCAUCGGCUGGUUCACCAUCGAAUACCUGCUACGUCUGAUCUCCUCGCCUAACAAAAUGAAAUUCGUCAUGGCUUUCAUGAACAUCAUCGACUUCAUGGCGAUCAUGCCUUUCUUCGUGGUGCUGAUUCUGACCUCCUUCGGCGCUGGAGUGUUGGAACUGGCUAAUGUGCAGCAGGCGGUGCAGGCUUUACGCAUAAUGCGCAUCGCGCGCAUUUUCAAGCUGGCACGCCAUUCCUCUGGACUCCAGACCCUCACAUCUGCCCUGAAGAGCAGCUUCAAAGAGCUCGGGCUGCUCCUCAUGUAUAUGGGCGUGGGAGUCUUCCUUUUCUCCGCACUGGGCUACACUAUGGAGCAGAACCACCCGGACACCUUGUUCACCAGCAUCCCACAGUCAUUCUGGUGGGCUGUGAUCACGAUGACCACUGUGGGCUAUGGAGACGUCUACCCGAAGACCACUUUAGGCCGGUGUAACGCGGCCAUUAGCUUCUUGUGCGGGGUGAUCGCCAUAGCGCUGCCCAUACACCCCAUCAUCAACAAUUUUGUCCUGUUCUACAACAAGCAACAGGUGCUAGAGACUGCGGCCAAGCACGAGAUUGAACUGAUGGCGCUGCGCUCCGGCGCUGGCGAGCUGAAGGCUGCACCCGGCGCCCAUAAACAUGUUUGUGGUGCAGGGGUCUGGGAAAACGCCAUGCGCUCCUGUCACAGUGACACAUACAUCCCCUUACUGAAGGAUCCCAGGGGAGGGGCGGGCAUGCCGACCCCCAGCAAGGACACGAGCUUUGAAAGCACAGCCGAGGCCACCGAAUAUUUUGUCUCAUGAACACUAAUGACCCUGCAGAAUUUGAGAAGACUCUGCAACAGAUACACAACAACAAAACAUCAAACUAAUUAUUCAUUUUUAACUUAUUUAAACUCAAUCCGCCAACUAUGGGUUAAUGAUACAUAAUGACUUGACAUUGUAAAUAGCCUAUGGCCUCAAAGAAGAUAUUGCUCCUGUUAAAGCCACAUAUGUGUGAGAUAUUGACUUGAUGAGCUGUGCCUUGGCGCAGUGAGUCCCUGUAGGCUGAGGGGUACUGUUUGAACAGUCAGUACACCGAUUCCCCCAUGUAGACUUCUUAUAUAACAACCCCCAUCCCCAACCCUCACACUCAUACUGUAGACUGCA